AUCAUGUUAAAGAUUGUGUGGGUCAGCAGAAAACAAAGUUUGAUGUUCUGGUUGUUUUUUAGAGAUAGAUAACAGACUUUGCAUCAUCAAAAAAAUAGGCCACUUCUACAAUCUUUGCUAAAUUUAUAAUCAGAUCAUGUUCUGUUGUGUGCUUUUGAAACAUUUUGGGGUGUGGAUGAUGGGUGGAGAGACUCCCUGAAGAAUAUAAGGAAGCAGCUCAUUCUUUGCAUCCAUCAAUCUUUGGAAUCUCAAUCCGUGCAAAUCAACUCCAACAAGAGACGUUAAAGCUUCCCUCUGUAGAUCUACGCCUGAAGCUCCAACAUGUUUGUCUUUUUCUUGGUUGGUCUUGCACUGAUGGCUGUGUCUCCUUCAGAUGGAGUGGAACUAGAGAGUGGAAACUGUCCAGAGUUCUCAUUCUACUUUCAAAAUCGCUGCUACAGGUACUUCGCCACACAAAGGACCUGGACUGAAGCAGAAAGCGACUGUGUGUCUGAAGGACUGAACCUGGUGUCCAUCCACAGUCCAGAAGAGCAGAGAUAUGUCAAAUUUUUAAUAUCAAACUUUGACACCAACGAGAGAGCCACAUGGAUCGGUUACACUGAUGCUGAGCAGGAAGGAGUGUGGCUGUGGUCUGACAGAACCAUAGACAACUACCAGAACUGGAACAGAGGAGAGCCAAACAACUUCAACGGUCCAGAAAACUGCGCAGUGACCAACUGGGGGUUUUUCAGGAGAUGGAAUGACAUAAACUGCUCGGAAAAAUUCCCUUUUCUUUGUGCAUCUCGGAAACAUUGAAUGCUGAUCGGAUCCAAUUCCAUCCACUUUCAAUCUGUGUUUCUCUGUAGUCUGGGCUGCUUUAUUUAG